GGACCAGGACGAUCACCCGACCCCUUAAGGUACAACCCAAAACUCCUCAGCGGGCCACUAGAGCCCCUUUAGAGGACCAUAGAACCUCCUAACCGGCCAGUAAAACAUCUUCAAGAACCUGUGGAACCUUUCUAAGUCCUGCCAGUAUGACCCAUAAUAGGCAGAGAACGUAUUUGUUGUAUUGAUGUGAUAUUCCAUCAAUGUUCUAUUGAGGUUCCGUGUUGUUGUCCAGGGGAUCCCCACCCUCCUGAUGGCUGCCGGGAGCUUUGAUGACAUUCUGGCCAUAACCGGGUUCUCCACCUGCCUGGGAAUCGCCUUCUCCACAGGCUCCACGUGGAUGAACAUACUGAAGGGCCUCCUGGAGGUGGUGGGGGGGGUCAUCGCCGGGCUGAUUCUGGGUCUGUUCCUGUGCUGCUUCCCCAGUAAAGACCAGGAGGAUCUGGUGGUGAGGAGGACUCUCAUGUUGUUGGGUCUGUCCAUAUUUUCGGUCUUCUUCAGUCAUGUCAUUGGCUUCGCCGGAGCCGGUGGUCUCUGCACGUUGGUUCUGGCCUUCCUGGCUGCGCUGGGAUGGAAGACCGACAAGGCCCCGGUGGCAGCCAUGGUGGGGACGUCUUGGGACGUGUUCCAGCCGCUCCUCUUCGGGUUGAUUGGAGCGGAGAUCACCAUUGCAACCCUCAGCCCCAGCACCGUGGGUCUCGGUCUGGCCUGCAUCAGUAUUGGUCUGGUGGUCCGCCUGCUCGUCACCUUCUUACUGGUUCAUUACGGAGGAUUUAACCUGAAGGAGAAACUCUUCAUCUCUGUCGCAUGGCUGCCCAAAGCCACCGUACAGGCUGCUAUUGGCUCCAAGGCCUUGGACUUGGCGAGAGAGGAAGGGGAUGAGACCUUGAUUAAGUUCGGUUUGGAGGUGCUAACGUUAGCCGUAUUAGCCAUCCUGACCACGGCUCCCAUUGGGGCGCUGGGUAUCGGACUGGCAGGGCCACGCCUCCUGUCCCGGCAGGUCAAAGCAGAUGACACGGAAGGCGGAGUCAUGACUCCACACAGCUACGGGAUUGGUCAAGAAAAGGACUGCGUGACCCUCGAGAGCAAGCUGUGAUACUCAACACGCUAAAACCUUCUGUGCACAGAUGUUUAAGAUGUGUGUACUUUCUUUCAUGUGCUGAUGUGCUUGUACUGUUACUACUGCGUAAAUGUUCAGCUAGUCAAGUGUUACGUCCUUCGUAAGUACUUCAACCUCAUUUGUUUAACACAUAAGAAGUUAUUUCUCUAAAUCAUUAAAAAUAUCUUUGUUAAAAUAACAAGAUAUGAAGUGAAACAGACGUUCUUCCAACGUCCAACAAUAGCGAGUGACAUUAUUUAAACUGAUGCCAGAAGAAGAAACACACAUUCAGGGACAGAGUAUUUAUAUUAAAGCUACGAGAGGCUGUACUUUAUCGUCAACAAAGUUAUUGUCCAAGGGUGAAACAUUGACAAAGAAGUACUUAUAACGCUGAAUGUCUCUGAUAACCGUAGAUGUCAGCGACAUUAUAAAUAGUAACAGUCGGCCCGUCCCGUGGCUAGAGACCAGUCCAGGGGGACCAGUCCAGGGGGACCAGUCCAGGGGGGACAGACUCCAGCCCUUCUGCCACCUCUAAGGAGAAGCUGUAUAGAAGAUCAGAUAUUAAAACCCUCACUCAAAUAAAGCUUCUUUUUCUUUGGUGUUUAUUAAAAUAUGUCUCUUGUAUUUGA